GAAGAAGAUUUGCUCAAGAGUGAGAGUCCUAGAACCCGCCCAAGUCGCGCACUAUAAAACAAGAGUCAAAGCAGAGAAUAAAACCGAAUGAACUCAUUCCUAUAUUUCAAACUCAAUUCGGCAGGAAAUCUCCCAUUUUUAAUGUAAUUUUUAAUGCUUCAUUCACGCAACCUUGAUAGCGUCUCCAUCCCCCCCAAAUUGGCCAACCAAAAACUAUACAAAAUUGUGUAAAUCAUCGCCUAUAAGGAAUGAGCUCUUUCUCGCAAUCCCUCUCACAGCGGUUCCCCUCGGUGUCGCCGUCACCUUCGCCGCCUUCCCACCGCCGUCUUGCUCCGAUAUCAAUGUCUUGCUCUUCUCAACCUGAUCAUCCCGUCGUUCGAACGGUUUCAAUUUCUUACACGCAACUUAAGGAUAGAAGUGCAGAUUUGACAGCGAAGAUUGAGGAAGGUUUUGGGCCAAAUGGUCUGGGGAUUCUGUCAAUCUCAGAUGUUCCUGGGUAUUCAACAUUGCGUCAUAAUCUUCUUCAUCUUUCACCUCGAUUAGCAAGUCUACCUGAGGACGUGAAGAGGGAACUGGAAGACCCUGAUAGUAGAUACAACUUUGGGUGGAGCCAUGGAAAAGAGAAGCUUGAAUCUGGAAAGCCAGAUACAAUGAAAGGGUCAUUUUAUGCAAAUCCAAUAUUGGAUACACCUACAACUGAUCCAGCUCUUAUUCAGCGGUACCCUUCCUACUGUGGAUCAAAUAUUUGGCCCUGCAGUACCCUCCCAGAGCUUGAAGGAGCUUUCAAAGCUCUUGGGAAGCUUAUCCUUGAUGUCGGGAUGUUGUUGGCUUAUCACUGUGAUCGCUUUGCAUUUAGAGAGAUGAAAACAUCCGAGGACAAAGGCCUUGAGCAAAUACUGGAAAGCUCAAGAUGUCAUAAAGGUCGUCUUCUUUAUUAUUUUCCAACCAGGCAGAGUAUUUACCUCCAGGAUGGUGAAUCCAUGUCAUCUUGGUGUGGUUGGCAUACCGAUCAUGGAUCUCUCACAGGUCUAACGCGUGCCAUGUUUACAAGGAACAACAUUGAAAUAUCUUGCCCUGAUGAUGCAGCUGGUCUUUAUGUAAAAUCGCGUAGUGGCAAAAUUGUAAAAGUGGUGUACGGGGAGGAUGAAAUUGGAUACCAAAUAGGUGAAACUACAGAGAUACUGUCAAGAGGUAGGCUUUGCGCAACACCGCAUUGUGUUCGGGCACCCACAUCGGAAGCUGCAUUUGGCGUUGAUCGUUCUACCUUUGCCUUUUUCAUGCAACCUGAUUGGGAUGAAAAGCUUAAGUUUCCGGAUGUGGUACACGUUCAUCAAGAGUUGAUUCCAUCCAACGGAACUCUUACUUUUGGAGAGUACACGGAGAAGCUUCUGGACAAAUAUUACCACCUGAAGAUGUAGGUAUCCUCCUGUUUUGACUAUUGUGGAUGUAUAAAUGAGAUCGGUGGUCUUACUUUCCGAUGAACUAUACUAUCUCUCUCUCUCUCUCUCUCUCUCUCUCUCUCUCUCUCUCUCUCUCUCUCUCUC